GCCCCUUUCUCUGAUCUAUAAAACCCAUACCCCAGCUUGAGUCUACAGCAACUUUCUGUUAUACUAACAUGGCUUCUAAAAGUGAAGCGACUGUAAAACUUGCAGGAGAUAAGUACCGGUCUUUCUUGCAUGAGGAAGCAGAUAACGUCCACUGGAGACAUGGUGGGCCUCCCAUAUACGACGAGGUGAAUCAGCUCUUCGAACAAGGCCGAACCAAGGUAUGGCCAGAAGGAUCCCUAGAAGAGACGGUACAGAAUGCUAUAAAGUCAUGGGAAAUGGAGCUUUCUCAUAAGACUCGCCUACAAGACUUCAAGACCAUUAACCCACAAAAAUUCAAGCUCAUUGUCAACGGAAGAGAAGGAUUGGCAGGAGAAGAAACUCUGAGGCUUGGAAGUUACAACGCUUUGUUGAAGAAUUCUCUGCCGGAGGAAUUCAAAUACUAUAAAGCAGAGGAAGAGAGCUUUGAAUCGUCUCACGAUGCCUUUCGAUCGGCUUUUCCUCGUGGAUUUGCAUGGGAAGUACUCAGUGUCCAUUCUGGACCCCCAUUGAUUGCUUACAAGUUCAGGCACUGGGGCUUCUUUGAGGGGCCUUUCAAAGGACAUGCCCCUACUGGAAAGAUGGUUGAGUUCUACGGAAUGGGAAUUUUGAAGGUUGAUGACUCUCUGAAAGCAGAAGAUGUUGAAGUUUACUACGAUCCAGCAGAGUUGUUUGCGGGUCUGUUGAAGGGACCACCAGUGUCUGAACCACAAGAAGGGGAUGAAACUUCAACCUCUACUCUUGGCUGUCCAUUUCACAAAUAGAUCAAUGUCUCCUUUUUUCUUUUAAGGCUAAAUAAUCUCCCUACUUUCAUUUACUUUCAUUGCAACAGUGAUAUCACGUGUAGUAUGUGUACUAUGUUCAUCAAUGACAAUAGCUAUGUACCUAUUUAAUAUGAUAUGGCUCACUAGCCAUUACUCUCAUAUUCAAUGUGUAAG